GACGACCGGAUUUGUCGUGGAAGAGGGAGUCAGUCGUCAGGUUCUCUGGUGUAUUUGUAUCCAAGAAUGGCUUGUGAAAUCAUGCCUCUGCAAAGUUCACAGGAUCAUGAAAGACCUAUGUCAUCUUUCUGUUUGAGUGCUCAUGUGACACAAGUCAGCAGUGUUUCAACAACUGGAGAACUCUUAGAAAGAACCAUCCGGUCAGCUGUAGAACAGCAUCUUUUUGAUGUUAAUAGCUCUGGAGGUCACAGUUCAGAGGACUCAGAAUCUGGAACAUCAUCAACAUCUUCCACAGCAUCUGCCAGACAGAGACGACGCCAGUCCAAGGAACAGGAUGAAAUUCGACGAGCCAGAGACAUGGGACUUAUCAACAAAGAAAAUAUUCCUUCUGGAUUCAGCAACCUUGAAGACUGUAUUUUGAGUGCUCAGGAAGUUGAAAAAUUACAGGAGAAUAGUUCUGGUUAUAUGGGUGAAAGGAGCAAACCUAAACGUCAGAAAUCCAGUACCAAACUUUCUGAGCUCAAUGAAAAUCAAGAUGGUCUUGUGAAUAUGGAAAGUCUCGAUUCUACACAAUCUCAUGAGAGGACCGGACCUGAGGAUGUUGAACCGAUGUCUGAUGAAAGCAAAGAAAAUGAACAAGAUGGUGGACAUGCCCAGCAGUUUGAGAGCUCCACAAUGAAGAUUCAGGAGCAUCCCAGCAUACCUGACACCAAAUUGCAGAGGAAUCAAGAUGCCGAUGACCAGCAGGAGAGCUUUGUCUCCGAAGUGCCCCAGUUGGACCUGACUGCAUUGUGUGAUGAGAAGAGCUGGGAAGAGCCUGUCCCUACUUUCUCCGCCUGGCAGCAAGAGGACAUCAACUCUGACGAAGCCCGCCUCUCCCCACAGGCGGGGCGCUUGAUUAGUCAACUUCUCGAUGAAGACAGUGACCCGAUGCUCUCUCCUCGGUUCUAUGCUUAUGGGCAGAGUAGGCAAUACCUGGAUGACACGGAAGUGCCUCCUUCUCCCCCAAAUUCCCAUUCUUUCAUGAGGCAACGGAGCUCCUCUCUGGGGUCCUAUGAUGAUGAGCAAGAGGAUUUGACACCUGCCCAGCUCACAAGGAGAAUUCAGAAUCUUAAAAAGAAAAUUCGAAAGUUUGAAGACAGAUUUGAAGAAGAGAGGAAGUACAGACCUUCUCACAGUGACAAAGCGGCCAAUCCAGAGGUCCUGAGAUGGACAAAUGACCUUGCCAAGUUCCGGAAACAGCUUAAAGAGUCUAAACUAAAGCUGUCCGAAGAGGACCUGACACCCAGGGUGCGGCAGCGGAGCAAUACACUCCCCAAGAGUUUUGGUUCCCAACUUGAGAAAGAGGAAGAGAAGAAGCAAGAAUUGGUCGAUAAAGCAAUCAAACCUAGUGUGGAGGCCACGCUGGAAGCCAUCCAGAAGAAGCUCCAGGAGAAGCGGGCAGAAACCAGUCGUCCAGAGGACAUUAAGGAUAUGACCAAAGACCAGAUUGCUAAUGAGAAAGUGGCUCUGCAGAAAGCGCUGUUAUAUUAUGAAAGCAUCCAUGGACGGCCGGUAACAAAGAAUGAACGUCAGGUGAUGAAGCCACUCUAUGACCGGUAUCGGCUGGUCAAACAGAUCCUGUCCCGAGCCAACACCAUACCAAUCAUUGAAGAAGAAGAGGGUUCAGAAGACGAUACCAACUCAAAGCCAGACUUCACAGUCACCCUGAAAACUGAUUUCAGUGCACAUUGCUUUCUGGACCAAUUUGAAGAUGAUGCUGACGGGUUCAUUUCCCCAAUGGAUGACAAAAUGCCAUCAAAGUGCGGCCAGGACACAGGGCUUUCCAAUCUCCAUGCUGCUUCAAUACCUGAACUCUUGGAACACCUUCAGGAAAUGAGAGAAGAAAAGAAAAGAAUUAGAAAGAAACUUCGUGAUUUUGAAGACAAUUUUUUCAGACAAAAUGGAAGAAAUGUCCAGAAGGAAGACCGCACUCCUAUGGCUGAAGAAUACAACGAAUACAAGCACAUAAAAGCGAAACUGAGGCUGUUGGAGGUGCUCAUCAGCAAGAGAGACACUGAUUCCAAAUCCAUGUAAGGAGACAGUCCCAGCCCGGCCACAGUGGCUGAGCUAAUGCAGGGUGAAUUUACCAGCUGCCUCCUAUGGUAAAUGGCAGCUCUGUAGAAACUGGAAGGCAUCCUUGG